CAAAGAGAGUUUUGAAAAGUCAAAAUAUUUUUACGAUUUUUACUUGUUAUUACACUUUAAUCCACAUGAAAUUGAACAUAUAAAGCAUUAUAAAUGACUGCUACAAUAAAAAUUUAAAAAGUAGUAUUACAACACGCUCACCAUGGAUAUUAACGAAGGAACUACUACGGAGGAUUUAUGGACACCCUACAAGGAGCUGGUAGCCGUGGUGGACAGUUAUCUGGCUAACGAGGGCCUCGGAGUGCCGUAUGCUGUACACACCUUUGAGUCAAUAUUGAGAAGGCACAAGCAAACAUUCCUGGCCCUGUUAAAAAAUCCUGUAAAGAACCAAGCAAGCAGGGAAGAAAUAAAAAGAGGAAUCACAGAAGGAGUCAACUUGCCUAGUAUUGGCAAAACUCUACUUUCAAAGGAACUAGUAGAUGAAGCAAUCAUACUGUCAGAUAUGUACAACGCGAACGAGUAUGCGUGCCUAGAGCUGCUGCACACGGCACAGCGGCAGACGGCGCGGCGGCCGGGGCUGGCGCGGGGGCUGCUCGCCGUCAUACUGUACUACGACGGCCGACGCUCGCUCGUGCAGGCACUGAGAGAUCUCGUCAUGGCCAGGGACGGGGUGUCGUGGUCAAUAAGCGCCCGCGAGGAGAUAGUGAACUACGUGUCCCGCUACGUGGAGCAGCUGGUAUCGGACGGCGUGCUGGGCGCAGCGCUGGACGCCCUCCGCCGCACCGCCAUAGAGCCCGAGUUAGAGGUGCUGCGGCGGUACAGAGCGCUGCCGCCGAGACGAUACUACAACCGAAUGAUGAUCACUAUGCAGACUACGAGGAAGCUGUUAGCUGGUGUGAUAUUCGCGGCGUCAGCGCAGCGCGGCCUGGAGAGGGACAUACUCAUCAGACUACUGUCAGAGCAAAUGUCGUCGCCGUCUCGCGGGGCGACGGGCGCGCUGGACGAGAUCUCGCUCGCGCUGCAGAUGGCGUUGCUGUACGCCAUUGACCUCUCUGUGCUGCACAGACGAGAAGACGGAGAGGAGCUGGCCAAGAAACUGCCCCUGAUACAAGAUCCAGAUUUGAUAGCGGUGUUAUUGGACGAGCUGUCACCCACAGGACAGUCCAAUCAGACUCAAGAGAGUGAGGAGAAGUCCGGAGGGCUCAAGGCUUUAUGUCAGCUAGCAUUUGGUCUGGCACUGGCAGCAUUGAAGCGAGCACCGGUGUCAUUGCUCCGGCGAUCGUCCGAGUUAAAGUGUGAGCUGCUCGACCAGGAUGAGAUAUUAGUUGAUGCUGCUAUCGAUGGUGGGGCAUUCGAGUACCUCGAGGAGGCGAUAUUGUCAACAGACAUGGUGGCGGCGGAGGAGUGGUACCAGCGCCGCGUGCACUCCCUCAUCACAGACUUCAUCGUCCUCAUGCACUCCAAACUUAUGGAGAUGCGCGUCAAGGCGGAGGAGGCGGCGCGCGCGGCGGCGGCGUGCGCGGCGGAGGGCGUGUCUGGCGGCGCGCGGCGGCCCCGCCUACUGGCGCUGCUGCGCUGCGUCGAGCGGCUGUACGCACGCGACCCGCUACGUCUGCGCGACGACUACUGGCGGGCUGCUGAUCACACACACGCGCACACGCGGGGCGGAGCGGGUGCGGGCGUGGGCGGCGGGCGCGCGGCCGUGCUGUACAAGUGGGUGCGCGCAUCGGGCGAGGUGGUAGUGGCGGCGCUGCUGGGCGGGUACCUGCGCGCGCUGGCGGCGCUGGCGGUGCCGCGACACACGUGGGCGUUGCUCGCGCGCCGCGACGCUCUCUCUGCCCACCACCUGCUCACCGCGCUGGCGUUGUACCACCGGAAUCUGCGCGCGGACCCGUCCCCGCUGUCGGAGCUGUCGCACGCGCCGUCGCUGGGCGCGUCGGGCCUAGCCGGCGCGCGCCCAGCCCGCCUGCUCGUGCGACAGGAAGAGGUGGAGGCAAUGAUCGCGGCGCUGCGCCUGAUCGCGGCGGUGGCGCGCGAGGACGAGGCGGCGUGCGCGGCCAUCUGCGACAACAUGCAGUGGGACGCCGUCAACGUCAUGUUCGGUCUAAUCUGCUGCGCGGUGCCGCUGGCGUUGAAGGCGGAGCUGGCGGGCGCGCUGGCGGCGCUCGGCGGGCGAGCGGGCGCGGCGCCGCGCGUGUGGGCCGCGCUAGACGCCGCCCACCUCGUAGCUGCUGACCGCCGCGCGCUCGCUGCGGAUUUGGAAGAGGUGGAAUGUCGCAUGGAGGAGUACCCGCUAUCGCGAGCGUUUGUGGAGCUGCUGACGUCACUGAGCGGCGCCGCACCCGUCCCCCGCGCGCUGGGUGCGGGCGCGCGCGCGCCGGGCCUCGACCCGUACGUGCACCACGUGGUGACACGGAUCGCCUUACCCGCGCCGCACCGCAACUACAGACAGCCGCAUGAGAAGUGGCAGGUGCUAUCCCUCUGCUUCCGUCUCUUCGUGAAAUGGCUGGACGCGUACGAACCGGCUGCCUCCGACUUCCCGCCGCCGCACGCCGAGCCGGACAUCAACCCGCCGCCCGGCUUCCGCCUCCUCAUACAGCUGCACACCGACUCCGAGCUGCUGAGGUUGACCCUCAUCACGCUCGAUGAGGCGUACGAGCUUAUGGACAGACAGCCGUCGCCUGAACAGGUGUACAUAGAGGAGACGUUGAACAGCGUACUGCAGCUGCUGGAGCGAGCGUUGACGCUGGAGCGACCGCUCAACACCGCCGCCGCCGCCGCCGGCCGCGCCGCGCUCGUCGUCGGCCUGUCUAAACUCAUACUAGCGCCGAGCGGGACAGAUAGCGGUGACCGACUAGUGACGUGCUGCCGUGUGCUGCAGCUAGUGAGCGUGGCCCCGACGGUGGCGGCGCGUGCGGUCGCGCUGCUGUGUCGCGCGCUCGCCGUGCCCGCCGCGCCCCGACACCUGCUAGAGACCGUCGCGCAUAGACAUCAGCUCGCUAAUGAGAUUAGACAGGGGUUCGUAGAAUGCCUGGAAGCGGGUGGGGAGGCGGCUGAGGCGGGGCCGGCGCGCGGCGCGGCGGAGGGCGUGGUCGCGCUGCUGCUGCAGUUGCUGCCGGCGGCGCCGCACAACCUGGCGCAUCUGCUACUGGGAUACCAAGUCACAGACGACGUAUCCCGCAGCGUGCUGUCAGAAACUCCGCGCACGUGUCUGCACGCCAUACUCGAUAUCCUCGACGCGUUUAUCGCUGACAACUCCGAGAAGGAGGCGUCAACUCUGGUGGAGAGCGGGUACCGGCUGGUGUACUGGCUGUGCGCGCGCGCCGCUACCUCCGCGCCCGCGCUGCGGCUGCUGCGAGCACGAGACUACUUCCUUGCGAGACAUCUGAAGGCCACCAUUAACUUAGAGAAGGCGAGCAUGAGCAGCAUAUCAGCGCGGUCGUGGGUGGUGCGGGCGUGCGCGUGCGAGGCGGGCGCGGCUGGCGCCAGCGCGCACGCCGCCGCCCUCGCCGCGCUGCUCGCCGCCGCCGCCGGCACGCACCGACCGCCGCAGGAGUGGGAGUGGUGCGUGCUGCGCAAGCUGCUGGAGGGUCUGGCAGUGCGCGCGGAGCCGGCGCCCGAGCCGCGCUGGGAGCUCUUCCACGCCCACCAGCUGAGACAGGCGCUCGCCGAGUGCGACCUACCCACCGGUUUGGGCGGCAAGCGAAUAAGCGUGACGCGCGUGCACGCGCUGCUGUCGCGCGAGCUGGCGUCGCUGCGAGCGUCCGCGCCGCAACGGAACCUCGUCGCACAGGAGAUACAGAAGGUCCUCGACUACGUGACGGAGGUGAAUAAGCAGCGCAACCUGGCGGCGACGCUCACUCACUACUAUGACUCGUGGCGACAGCUCACCGAGAUCAUCUUCUGCGUCGCGCCUCAAGACCUCCUCAGCCUCGACACACGGAAGAACCUGCUCCUCAACAUCCUCCAGGACCUCCUCAAUAAAAUCCCGCCAACUGAAGUCCUGCCUCAGAUCGGAAACCUCGCUUCCGGAACGAUCCUACUGCUGCUAGUCAACCUCCGCCACUGCUACAUACUACAGAAGAGGGAGUCGUCUCUCAAAUCCUCGGAGUUCGAAGCUAGCUUCUUCGGACCUUCCAACCAGAUAAUGCAGACCAAAUCCCUGACGCUCAAGUUCAUUCUCCACAAGAUACUGAGCUGGAUAAUGGUGUCGGGUGCGUGUACUCAGAAGAUGCGAGUGAAUCUGUACGGCGCGCUGCUCAACUUCCUAAAUAUAGUCAACUUGAAGCCGAGCGCGGCUGAUCCGGAGGAGGAAGUGAAUACUACGUACGUCAGCCGCCUAGACAGUUCACGAGUGAAGCCAAGUAAAGAGGAAUCUACUUUGAAGUCCAUGGUGAUAGACGUAAUAGACAGUUUCGGCGAGAGUCUGUGUGCGGUGGUCUGUAGUGACUGCAUCGGCGGCGGCCAUGAUGUGUGCCGCAUGGUCGCGCUGUCGUGUCUCGACACGCUGAUAGAGAUCAACCCGGCGACGGACUGGCUGCACGUGCUAACUAAUCAGGGCUACCUCCGCAGUCUUAUUGACAGUCUGAUACAGGAUGAUGAAGGACUGAAAGAGGCGCUCGAACCAAAUCCGAAGUCCCUACGCGUGUUAUACGUGUACGAGAGCAAGAUGGCGCUGCUAGUGCGGUUGGCGGGGUCGCGCGGCGCCGCCGAGACGCUGCUGGCUGCGGGCGCGCUGUCGGCGCUGGCACAGCUCACCGCGCUCGCCGCGCACCCUGACGUACACGCGCCCGCUGAUCAACGGGCCUUCGUGCCGCCCGCUGCUGAGAGGUUCCGUCAGAUCCUGUCGCCGGCGCUGGCGCUGUGCGACGCGCUGCUGACGACGCUCGGCGCGGACAACUACAGCCUGGUGCUGCAGAUCACACACUUGCUGCUCGCACAUCUCGAGUGCGUCGAUAUGAUACUGAGGGCUGCGCAUCCGCACUCGUCACUAACGCUCCUACGAGAGGCGGAGGCGGUGUGCUGUGUCGCGUCGCGCGCGUGGGGCGGGGCGGCGGGCGCGGCGCUGGCGGCGGACGCGGCGGGCGUGCGGCGAGUACGUGCGUUACUGCUGGCGCUGCUGCCGCGCUUUGCAGCCGCACCGCCGCCUGCUGAUUCCCCCGACGAUGAUAGCGACACUGCGGACUUGCAUUAUAAGAUCCUGUGCCACCUACUCCUAUUCGCUCGCGGCUCGCUCGAGAGCGGGGCGGAUGAGAGUUCGGCGGGGGCGGGGCGCGCGGCGCUGGCGUUACUGCGGCCGCUGCUGCGCGCCGUGCACGCGCACCGCAAGCUGCUCGCCACCGUCACCACGCAGCUCCACAACGCACCCUCUAUGACGCUACCCGACAUAAAGAAGCUAGUGGGCGGUGACGUGAGCGGCGCGGGUAACGACACAAACGGUCGUGCGGGCGCGGUGUCGCGGUUACGGGCGCGCGCGCUGCGCCGCCGCCGCGAACUGACGCGGUGCGAGCUGGCCGCGCACGCCGCCUUGUAUCUAGUGUGGGCACAUGCGCGACGACAAUUGCGCACUGCGCUAGCGCCACAUUGCGAACCAAAAGGCACAGCACUGAGCGUGGGCGGCGCGGAGGAGGCGACUGAGUUACGCAAGGAGCUGAUCGCCGUGUUCAGCGACCGGUUUACCGACGACCUGCUCGACACCACCAAGAACCAGCCGGCGGUGCAGCGCGGCUUCCUGGAGGUGCUGAUCAAAGACAUCAGGACCAUGGUGCAGUUCUCACCGCUAUAGCACACCUCGACUACUGCCGAUGAUGCCAGCUUCUCCAUUCUGGACUUAGAAACAUGUUCAUAUACCGCAACUGGUCGUUGGACUGGAUAGAAGUACCAUCGAAGAAAUUGAUUUAUAGGCAGUUGACGGACCUCCGUCGUUUGGUAGCAUUAUGUCAAUUCAUUAGUAGUUUCCAGAGUAAACAGAACUAGCGAGUAAGUCGACUCAGAAGAGAUAUCGAAAUUUAUACGUUUGACUUAUUAUGUUAUAUC